AUGGCCACUUAUUACUACGAAUGCGCUGUCCAGGGUCUCCCGCGCCAGUAUAGUGCUAUCACCGAAUCGACUGCACAAGGCCAAACAACUCCGUGUAUUAUGGGGCUGGCUGCCCUCGUGUCCUUAUUGGCCAUCAAUGUGCCCGUCAUCACGGGACCUCCAAGCAACAAAGGUCGUCGCACCCGCCUUCCAGUUGCGGGGCAAGACGUCAUUCAACUAAAUCGUCUCCAACCAACCACCGCUGCAGGACAUGAUGUUAUUCAACACAAUCGUCUCCAACCGAUGACCGAUGCGGUAAAUCACGAAACAUUGGCAAAUAUAGCAGAGGCAGUGGAUCGCAACGCUUCCAAGAUAUACAGUGACAAAGAUUCAGGCAAGGACAUACAGUUUAGGGCGCCCAAUAAUUCUGUGGAAAGUUUGUUCGACGACUAG